AUGGGGCCGGGGCUCGCGAGCGCACGGAUAGUGGGAAGUGGGGGCCCGGAGAAGGAGUCCACCGGCCAGCCAUCAUUCGGUCCAGUCUGGUCCAGUCUGAUUCUUUCGCCGUACAACAUGUUGCUCGUCGCCGAGGGGCAACUUCAUUGA